UCCAUAGGGAAAGCCUGCAAAUCACUUCUAUUUUAGCAAGGAGAAAACAGAAUCUCCAUUCAGCAGGGUCCACCUCUCUCUCUUUCUCCCUCUCCUCUCCUCUCCUUUCCUCUCUGUCUUUCCCUACCCCCCUCCCCCUUCCCCCCACCCCACUCUCCCUCUCUUGUGUAUCUGUCUAUGGCAACCAGCGUCCUCCUCAUCUAUAGGCACUGAAAGGAAAGAAACAUCUUUGGUUGGGAGAGAAGGAGGAAAAAAAAAAGAGAGAGAGAGAGGAAAAACUUGCCUGGUUGUGGAAAAUGACACUUGAAGUAGCAAAGCCGGCAGCGCGAGUUGAGUCUAUUGUUUCUUAAAUUGCCAUCAGGGUUUUUUUUUUUUUUUCUUCCUGCUUCUUCAAGUGAACGGUACCUCUACAAAAGGAAACUCCAGCCCCUCCUGUCCUCCACCGGCCUGUGAUCAUUACAAAAAAAAAAAAAAAGAGAGAGAGAGAAAAAAAAGAAAGAAAAAAAAAGCACCCAAACCAAAAAUUAACCAACCAAACAACCCCCAACAGCCAAGCAUACAUCUCUAUUUUUUUAAUUUUGGUCUUUUUGUUGGAUUUUCCCUUCCUUUUUUCUCUCCUUUUUUUUUUUUUUCCUUCGGGUUAUCGCUCAGUUUUGAGCGAAGGUUUAUAUUUUUAAAAAAUUUGCUUUCCAGCCCGCCUUGAUCUUCUAGCGCGAGUUCAACGACUCAAAAAAAAAAAAAAAAAAAAAUCUCUGGCUGGCGUUUUUCUUUCCUUUUUUUUUUUUUUUUUUUUUUCAAAUUUUCAAGGGGGAGGAGAUUUUCCACAAGAAAAGGUUGUUUUCAUGUUUGGGAUUCAGGAAAGCAUCCAACGGAGUGGAAGCAGCAUGAAGGAAGAGCCGCUGGGCAGCGGCAUGAACGCGGUGCGGACGUGGAUGCAGGGCGCCGGGGUGCUGGACGCCAACACGGCGGCGCAGAGCGGGGUGGGUCUGGCCCGGGCUCACUUUGAGAAGCAGCCGCCUUCCAAUCUGCGGAAAUCCAACUUCUUCCACUUCGUCCUGGCCCUCUACGACAGACAGGGCCAGCCCGUGGAGAUCGAGAGGACAGCCUUUGUGGGGUUCGUGGAGAAGGAAAAAGAAGCCAACAGCGAAAAGACCAAUAACGGGAUUCACUACCGGCUCCAGCUCCUCUACAGCAAUGGAAUAAGGACGGAGCAGGAUUUCUACGUUCGCCUCAUUGACUCCAUGACAAAACAAGCCAUAGUGUAUGAAGGCCAAGACAAGAACCCAGAAAUGUGCCGAGUCUUACUCACACACGAAAUCAUGUGCAGCCGCUGUUGUGACAAGAAAAGCUGUGGCAACCGAAAUGAGACUCCCUCAGAUCCAGUGAUAAUUGACAGGUUCUUCUUGAAAUUUUUCCUCAAGUGUAACCAAAAUUGCCUAAAGAACGCGGGAAACCCACGUGACAUGCGGAGAUUCCAGGUCGUGGUGUCUACAACAGUCAACGUGGAUGGCCAUGUCCUGGCAGUCUCUGAUAAUAUGUUUGUCCAUAAUAACUCCAAGCACGGGCGGAGGGCUCGGAGGCUUGACCCCUCGGAAGGUACGCCCUCUUAUCUGGAACAUGCAGCUACUCCCUGUAUCAAAGCCAUCAGCCCGAGUGAAGGAUGGACGACGGGAGGUGCGACUGUGAUCAUCAUAGGGGACAAUUUCUUUGAUGGGUUACAGGUCAUAUUCGGUACCAUGCUGGUCUGGAGUGAGUUGAUUACUCCUCAUGCCAUCCGGGUGCAGACCCCUCCUCGGCACAUCCCUGGUGUUGUAGAGGUCACACUGUCCUACAAAUCCAAACAGUUCUGCAAAGGGACACCGGGAAGAUUCAUUUACACAGCGCUCAAUGAACCCACCAUCGAUUAUGGUUUCCAGAGGUUACAGAAGGUUAUUCCCCGGCACCCUGGCGACCCUGAGCGCUUGCCAAAGGAAGUGAUACUCAAAAGGGCUGCAGAUCUGGUGGAAGCGCUGUAUGGGAUGCCACACAACAACCAGGAGAUUAUUCUGAAGAGAGCAGCUGACAUCGCAGAGGCCCUGUACAGUGUCCCCCGCAACCACAGCCAGCUCCCGGCCCUCACUAACACCUCGGUCCACGCGGGAAUGAUGGGCGUGAACUCCUUCAGUGGACAACUGGCUGUGAAUGUCUCCGAGGCGUCGCAGGCUACCAAUCAGGGUUUCACCCGCAACUCAAGCAGCGUAUCACCACAUGGGUACGUGCCGAGCACCACCCCUCAGCAGACCAACUAUAACUCGGUCACCACGAGCAUGAAUGGAUACGGCACUGCCGCCAUGUCCAAUUUGGGCGGCUCCCCGACCUUCCUCAAUGGCUCAGCUGCCAACUCGCCCUAUGCCAUCGUGCCAUCCAGCCCCACCAUGGCCUCCUCCACAAGCCUCCCCUCCAACUGCAGCAGCUCCUCCGGCAUCUUCUCCUUCUCACCAGCCAACAUGGUCUCAGCCGUGAAACAGAAGAGUGCUUUUGCGCCUGUGGUCAGACCCCAGACCUCCCCACCUCCCACCUGCACCAGCACCAACGGGAACAGCCUGCAAGCGAUAUCUGGCAUGAUUGUUCCUCCCAUGUGAAAGAAUUGCCUUGAAGAAUUUUAUUAAUGAAGAGGUUGGAUUCUGCUACAGAAAGUAAUCUGAUACAAGUCCCAGAGUGGAACUUUUAACUCAGGCCUUUUUAAGAGGAAUCACAAUAACUGCAGAUUUUUAAACAAACAAUAUCACCGACCUUGCAAAUACUGAAAUUGGAAGGGAUCUGCUAAUGCAGGGUGUUGGUUACAGUUGUACCUCCCAAGUCCUUGGGGGGAUAUAUUUAUUCUGUGUUGAUAAAAGCAAAUCCUCUUUUUCUUUCUCUCUCUCUUUUUUUUUAAAGCUUAACUCAGCAAUCAUUUGUCUUUUAUAAACCAUAAAGCUGUAUACAAGGGACACUAUAAAUAAGACUCCAUGUUUUAAUUUAUGAUGUUUUUAAAGCUGUGUAAAAGGAGAAUGAAAUGGUGAUAUUUACAAAAAAGUUUAAAAAGAAAAAAAGAAGAAAAAAAAAAAGCUUGUAUGGGACAGAAUAGGAAUGCCAGUUAGAUUUUUUAGAAAACUAAGGGUCGGCUUUUGCGCCUUAAAGCAUAUCAAGUGGUAGUUACUCGGACAGUGCAUUUCCAAUAUCUAACUUAACAUGCCACCCCUUAGCAGUGCAAGCUUAUUUCUCUCUUUUGUAUUGUUGUCUUAAGUAACUGUGUAAAUAAAUGCAGCCUGGAAAGUUAAAAAGUGAUGUAAGUGAUCACAUUUUCCCCUUCUACUCAAAAAUCCAGUGCCUCUAGACAGAUCUUAAAACUGCAUAUUUAGACCUGACAGCACUCUCUCUCUUUUGCUUAUGUCAACUUCUUCGGAAGCCGAUGGCCUCUCGAGAGCUUGGUGGCACACGUGCUGUGUGAGAAUCUCCUUUGAGACUUCAUGGAACAGGGUCAGGCACAGAAUUCCACACAAUGCCCUCCAGUUAUCAAACCAAAAGCCCACUUACACUCCGCCAUUUACAUGGUUAAAGUUUACUCAUCCUAAAUGCUGAAUUCAUACCAAUCCUUCAAAAGCUGACAAAAGCAACAUGGCAGGUAUUUCAGAUUUCCCAUUCGAGAUAGCGCCUCUAUCAGUCGACCCUUACCAUUUGUAACAUAGUAGAUUGAAACGACAGGUUAAGUGCUUUGGAAUUAAGAAUAAAAGGAAACUGGGAGAAAGGAGAAGAAGGUUGAGACCUCCAAAACAUGGUUUUCUGUUUGAUGGGAAUUUUUGCUCUCAUUAUCUGGGAAGUGUUCUUAAAAAUAGGAAUUAAUAGCAAAGAUGCAGCAAAGCUCUGAGGAUGCAUUUGCCUGAUAUUUUUUUCUUUGCUGUUGUGUUUUGUAUGUAGUUAUAAAUACUGUAGAUUUUUUUGUGAUUUUUUUGCCAAAGUUGUUGUUCUAUUUAUACAUUUUAAUGUCUUAAGACAGUUUUUCAAUAUCACAAAAAAAGAUUUUACUGCAUAUUUUGCAAAGAAAAAAAAAGCUCACUACCUUUAGCUUGCACAUACUUGCAAAGUUAAUUAAAAGGCUUUUUGUUUUAAAGGGGAUUUUGUAAGAUAUCCGUAUAAAUAAUGUAUUUAUCUUUGGAAUUUGUACAUUGCUUUCCCCUUCCUGCUUUACCUCCAACUCCCAGUUUAUUUUAUUGUGUAUGUUUGCUAUGUGAAAAGUGCGUAUUUGUUUGGCCACCUAUAGUUAUAUUAGCUGUUUCCAUGUGAUUUUUAAACAUUUCAUUUAUAGUUAUUUUUAGUAUUGUUUUAAACCAUGCUUAAUUUUUUUUUUAAUUUUCACCCAAAAGCCAUUGUCUAUUUUUGUAUUAUUUGUAAGUUAAGAAGUUUUUUCCAAUAUAUGGCAAAAAAUAGUAGCAUAUUAUUCUUGUAGCAUUUAGUUCUGUAGAUUAAAAAAAAAAUGUAUCCUUUGCUUUGGAAGCUUACAGAAAAAAACCCUAAUGCUGUUUUACUCUAUUAAUAUGCAUGGCACCUCUCCCUUUGGAGUGACGCAUUUUGUGCAUUAAAUUCCGGGGAGAAACUUCAUAGAAAUCAAUGAACAUACUUUCUUUCCUAAGUCUGCUUGUAUAUUUCCUCUGUCUUUCACAUAAAUAUAAACCAGCAGAUUGGAUGCCUUAACAAUGCAAAUCAUAUUCAUUUCACUUGUACAUUGUAACUGUGCACCAGAACUGUCAGUCAUCACUAACAUUCUAAGAAAAAAGAAAAAGAAAAAAAAGAAAGAAAAAAAAACAAAGAAAUCGAAAAGCACAAAAGAACUGUUUUGUUACCUUAAGACAAUGUAACUUUUUCUAGUAGAGCAAGAAAUUUACAACAAUGCUGCAACUGUGCAUGCCCCCAUAUGGAUUUUGCAAUGGUUUUCACUAGACUGUCAGAGUGCGAUUUUUAUG